UUUAGUUUUCGAUAACCGUAAUUGAUAUUUUGAUUUCGGAUCGAUUUGGGCCUUGACAGGCCCAAAUGCUAACACUUACUAAACCCAACCCUAAGAAGACGAUUUGUUCUCUUCUUCCUUCGUCGUCGUCGUCGUUCUCCUCCAUCUGCGCUGCGAUCUCUCUCUCCCUCAGAUUCCCUUAUCUUGUCGAUUACUUUCUCUGAGAUAAUGUUGACGGAAACACCAUUUAGGCCAAGAGAGAAGCUUCUGGAGAAGCAGAGGUUGUUCCAGAGCAUCCAGAGGCACACUUACCUUAAAGGACCAAUGGACAAGGUCACCUCCGUUGCCAUCCCUCUUGCCUUGGCUGCAUCUGCUCUCUACAUGAUUGGAACUGGAAUCUACAACAUGUCCAACGGAAUCGGGAAGAAGGAAUAAGCAAACACAGCUUCUUCUUUUCUUUUUUCUCUUUACCUUUUUUAAAAAAAUAUUGUGGAGGGUUCUCUAUGGAUCCAGUAGCUGCUGCCAUAUCUCAGACUAAUGGUUGUUGCAGCUGUGUUAUAUUCCCGUUUUGCCAAAUAAUAAUUUGCAGACAAUGUCGAAAGCUGAAACAUGUUUUGAUGAUUAAAAGUUCUAAUGUUAUUUGUUAAUGACAAGUUUGAUUCUUUUCUU